AUGCGUCUGUUCAGCUGGUUUGGAUUUUGGCUGUUUGUCCUCUGCAGCCUCCCAGUAACCACAGGGCAGUCGAACCUGAUUGGCUCACCUCAACCAAUCGUAGCCCUGGCUGGUGAUGAUGUCAUUCUACCAUGUCACCUUGAUCCUCCCAUCAGUGCCAGUUCCAGGGCAGUGGAGUGGACCAGACCUGGGCUAUACCCAGAGUACGUCCAUGUUCACCAAGAUGGACGACUGGUGCAUCAGAGCCAGAAUCCGCUGUACCAUUACCGCACAGUGCUGUUUGUGGAUCAGCUGAUUAACGGAAACGUCUCUCUGAAACUCUUCAGAGUGAAAAUCUCUGAUGCAGGGAUACACAAAUGCUUCCUUCCCUCAUUACGGAAGGAAGCUUUUGUCCAGCUUAAUGUUGGUUCUGUCUCCUUGCCCGCCAUCAGUUUAACAGGGAUUGAUAAAGCCAGCAGAGGAGUGGUGUUACAGUGUGAGUCUGCAGGCUGGCAUCCAGAGCCUGAGGUGUUGUGGCUGGACGGUGAGGGAAAGCUCCUCUCUGCUGGACCUACAGAGACAGUCAGAGGUCCUGAUGACCUCUAUACUGUCAGCAGCAGAGUGACUGUGGAGAAGAGACACAGCAACAGCUUCACCUGUAGAGUCCAACAGAGGAACAUCAACCAGACCACAGAGACACACAUCCAGGUUCCAGACGAUCUCUUUGUGGCCCCGUGUAGUUCUGCAGCCUGUAUCAGCAUCAGCUUGGUUGCUUGGUUGCUUGCUUCAGUUGCUGCAGUUGGUUUUGCUGCAUGGAAAUGGAGACAAAACAAAAUCAAAACCUCACAAGGAGAAGCACAGCGGCUCAUGGCAGAGGAAGAACAUAAAAACAUGGUGGAUGCACUGAUGAAACAGAUGGAGGGACUGAAGGAGCAGAGAGAUAAACUGAAUAGUCAAAAGACAAAGAUGGGGAAACUGGUGGAGGACAGUGAAACAAAGCUUCAGUCAGUGGAGAGAGAUUUAAGAGAGAAGGGUGAAGAUAAAGGAUUCAUCAGUUCACCAGGAUUCAUAAAGCUCAAAGAAAUAAUCUCUCAGAACAAACAGAGCCUGAAUGACAGACUGCAGGAACUUGAGACACUGGUGCUGGACACAGAGAAACUGCUGCUGAUGACAGAAGGUGUGAUUGUUAGAACAACAGAAAAGAAGAGGGAGUCAGAGAACCACAUGGACAAAACAUAACAUGGUG